AUGUUCGGUCGAAUAUUUUCCGAAAUAGAAGAGUCGAGUAUAUCUAUCUAUCUAUCUAUCUAUGAACAUAUACCGAUUCUGAAUCUAUCUAUCUAUCUAUCUAUCUAUCUAUCUAUCUAUCUAUCUAUCUAUCCAUAUGUUAGUCUGAAUCUAUCUAUCUAUCUAUCUAUCUAUCUAUCUAUGUCGGUAUGUAUGUAUCCAUCCAUCCAUCCAUCUAUCUAUCCAUCUAUCCAUCUAUCUAUCUAUGUUUGGUUUGAAUCCAUCUAUCUAUCUAUCUAUCUAUCUAUCUAUCUAUCUAUCUAUCUAUCUAUUCUGAAUCUAUCUAUCUAUCUAUCUAUCUAUCUAUCUAUCUAUCUAUGUCGGUAUGAAUCUAUCUAUCUAUCUAUCUAUCUAUCUAUCUAUCUAUCUAUCUAUCUAUCUAUCUAUGUCAGUUUGAAUCUAUCUAUCUAUCUAUCUAUGUCGUCUGUAUCUAUCUAUCUAUCUAUCUAUCUAUCUAUAUAUCUAUCUAUCUAUCUAUCUAUCUAUGUCGGUAUGAAUCUAUCUAUCUAUCUAUCUAUCUAUCUAUCUAUCUAUCUAUCUAUCUAUCUAUCCAAUUCAUUCGAUCUAUCUUUUUUAAUGAUUAUAAAUCUAUUUCCAUGUAGUUCCUCCCAUUCUUCACGUGUCAAUGGUUGGAUGUCAACCAUUGGAUUUUUAAAGACAAAAGGAAUGUGUAGAAGAAAAAUUUCUUUCUUCUUCCUUUGCUCCUCUCAUUAUGCUUUGGUGAGUUUUUUUUUCAAAUCUUUCAACCCGCACAUUUCUUUCUUUCUUUCUUUCUUUCUUUCUUUCUUUCUUUCUUUCUUUAGUCAAUUUUUUCUUUCUCCUUUCUUUCUUUAUCAAUUGAUUUCUUUUUCUUUCUUUCUUUCUUUCCUUUUUUUCUUUCUUUUUCUUUCUUUCUUUCUUUCUUCGAUUGAUUUUCCCUUCUUUCUGUCUUUCAUUUUCUCUUUCUUUCUUUAUUUAUUUCCUUUCUUAACUCGUUUUUUCUUAAAAUUCAACAGUUUUGCUUCUUUCUUAAAAUCCUUUCUUUUCUUUAUUUCUAACGAUUUUUUUUUCUCCACAUAUUGUCUUUUAAUUCCUUUAUCUUCCGCUUCUCUUUCCUUUUUUCUCCUUCUUUUACUACGAAUUUUCAGGCUUUGGCAAAACCCUCGACUCCCCGCCCUUGCGGCUUUCCCACAAGGAUUCCUUCUUUCUGAUGUUCUCCGUGUGACUUAUGGCUUUGUCGGUGUCGUAACGCCUGACGCGGUCGGCUCUAAUUUGAAAGAGAAAGCCGUUCGCACGCACGCAAUGUUUAUGGUUGCCGGACAGGUAAUGCAGAAGGUGGCAAAGAUGGAGGCGGAUAACUAUGCACAUCAGACGGAGAGAAGAUUCAAACUUGGAUACGAACCCGAGCAUCUUGGCCGUAAUCCACGCAAUUAUCUCGCUUUGCAACAGAAACACUAUCUAGACGGUUUGUCUGUCUGUUCGUCAUUUUCCAUCGGACAUCUAUCUAUCUAUCUAUCUAUCUAUCUAUCUAUCUAUCUAUCUAUCUAUAUAUAUAUAUAUAUAUUUCUUUCUCUUCCUCUCCUGUUUCUUUCUCUCCUUCUCUCUAUUCUUCCAUCUUUCUCUUUCUUUUUUUUCUCUUUUUCUCCCUCUUCCUCUUUCUUCUCUUACUUGGUGAUAUUGCUGCUUUUCUUGUUAUAUUGA